CACGUCACGGGCCGUUUCUAUUGGUUUAGAAGAGAACCGCAGCAGCGCCAGGAACUGGAGAGCCCGAGCAACAAGAACAGAUAGAAGCCAGCAGGAAAAGAAAGAGCAAAGGGGGUUAGACCGAGGGAACAUUUACCAAUUACGGGGAGGUUAGGAAAAUCAAGAAAAAUAGCGAGGAUGUUGGUCCCCGCGGGAAGAUAAUGAAGAGGCUGCGUGUUGUGUUGGUGUGCCUAAUUGUAGCUCUCCUGUGCUGGUACCCCAGUCGUCAUGUUGAUUGUUCGGAACAGAGCGCCGCUGGCCCAGUACAGUCUGCACAGGAUAGCAGCCCUCAGGCGAAGCCGGAGGAGGGGGCUCACGAGAAGGUCGAAGAGGAUUGGGCGGUGUACAUCCAGUCGUACGACGUGGGACUGGAGUCGGAGAGGGUUUCAUUAGAGGCGCCAGCGCCCAAUGAAAUGCAAGAUGAGGAAAACGAUGAGACUGUGAAAAAGGAGGAGCCUGUUGUGGAGGCGAGGACAGAACCGGCGACGGACCCUGCACCGGAUCCGGACUCUGAUCCUCCCGCCUCUCAAGACCAGCAGGCCCCGCCUACCGCUGCUGCUUCCUCCCCCCCCACCGAGCUCCCCGCAGCUGUGCCCGCUGAACCAGAGGAAGCCCCCGAAGACACACCUACCUCACAAGCCCCUCCCACCACACCCACCAGUGCAAUAGAGGUUGCCAGUGCCGAUACCCCUGUAGACAGCUCUAUUGAUGCUGAGCAUCAGCAGUCCGCGUCCGAGUGUGAGGCCGCAGGGCCCCCCGUGGCGCCCCCGCCCUUUCGCAGCCCGCUCGCCAGCUUGACCGUGGAUCACGUAGAGAAUUCCUCCAGCACCCAUGGGAGCAGGACGGGGACCAAAACUGAGCUGGACUCCUCGCUCCCCCAUGUGGAGCAGGAUGUGCCCGAGCUGGACCAGGGCACCAACGCCUCCCACAUGCCCGAGGAGGAGGCCGAGGCCGACGAAGCCCCCGUCGCCAAGGAGACGGACCCCUCGGUGCCCGGCAAGGAAGACAUCCCCACCUUUGACGAGUGGAAGAAGAAGGUGAUGGAGGUGGAGAAGGAGAAGAGCCAGUCCAUGCACUCCUCCUCCAAUGGAAGCCCCCAUGUGGUGAAGAAGGUACAGAAGAAUUUUAAGAAUAACUACGCCUCUGUGGAGUGUGGGGCCAAAAUCCUGUCGGCAAACACAGAGGCUAAGAGUACCUCUGCCAUUCUGAUGGAGAACAUGGACCUCUACAUGCUGAAUCCCUGCAGCAACAAGAUCUGGUUCGUCAUUGAGCUGUGCGAGCCCAUUCAAGUCAAGCAGCUGGACAUUGCCAACUUUGAGCUCUUCUCCUCCACUCCCAAGGACUUCCUGGUUUCCAUCAGCGACAGGUACCCGACGAACAAGUGGAUCAAGCUGGGCACCUUCCACGCCCGGGACGAGCGCACGGUGCAGAGCUUCCCGCUGGACGAGCAGCUGUACGCCAAAUACGUCAAGAUGUUCAUCAAGUACAUAAAGGUUGAACUCCUCUCCCACUUCGGAUCCGAGCACUUCUGUCCCCUCAGUCUCAUAAGGGUGUUUGGAACCAGUAUGGUGGAAGAGUAUGAGGAAAUAGCGGAGUCCCAGUAUCCCUCCGAGAGACUGGAGUACCUGGACGAGGAUUAUGAUUACCCUCCUGGCUACGUGCCGGCGGAAGACAAGGCUGCAAAGAACCUGUUGGGAUCGGCCACGAACGCCAUCCUCACCAUGGUCAACAACAUCGCCGCCAACGUGCUGGGGGCUAAGCCGGAACUCGAAGAAGGAGCCAACGUUGAAGCAAACUUUUCAACGGACGGCGAGAACAUUACAGAGCCCUCCCCCGAAGAGCCGGCCAGCUCCACCCCCAGCCCCAGCCCCAGCAGCCCCUCCCCCUCUCCAGAGGAGGAGUCCCCGGAGCUGGAGGUGCCCGUCGCUACGGAGGAGCCUGAGGCCCCUCCCCCCGAAACCCCGACUCCGGCCCCGCCCGAGGAGACCCUGAUCGUCACGCUGGUGGAGGAGGACGAGGAGGAGCCCCGCCAGUCCACCGUCACCCUUCUGGAGGGGGAGGAGGAGGAGGAGGAGGAGGCGGAGGAGCCGGCGCAGCGGCGGAGGACCGAGGAGCGGCAGCGGGAGAGCCGGGCGUACUCCGGGAAGCUGUCCUCGCUGUCGUGCGCCGCCUCCCUGCGGGAGUACCUGCUCCGCUGGUGCUCCGCCUCGCUGGCCCUGCAGCGUCAGCGCAGCGAGCGCCAGAGGCAGCGGGAGGCGUGGGCCGACGCCCGCUCGCCCCCGCAGCCCCUGCCCCUGGCCCCCACGCCCACGCUGGAGCCGCCCCUGGACACGGAGCCCCCGCCCGAGGCCGAGAGGCCCACGGCGCUGGGGGAGGGGACGGGGGCCGGGCCGGGCCCCACGGACGCGGUCCUGGAGCCUGCGCGGCACGCCGACGCCGCCGCCGAGCGGACCGCCGAGCCCCCGCAGCUGGAGCCCAGCCAGACGGCCGCCCUGCCCCCCCACAGCUUCCCCGUGGUCACCCCCACCGAGGAGAUCCCCCGGCUCUCCGCCCUGGAGCUGCCGGAGCCGGAGCUCCCGCUGUCGGACGGGGUCCCCGAAACGCAGGCCGAGGCCCGGAGGAGGCUCCCCUCCAGCAGCGACGCCGGCCCCAGCAACGGCAGCCCCGGUCUCGCCGCCACCAGCGUCAGCUCCGUGGCAGAGCCGGCCACCCCCGAGACCGACGCCCCCAAACAGGACCUGCCCGCCCCCGCCUCCAAGGAGCCGCCCGUCCAGCCCCUGCCCACCGCCACCCGGCCCGCCGAAAUCCCCCCGCCCACCGAGCUGCCGGCCCCGGCCGAGGCCGAGGGGGCCCGGGUGGCCCCGGAGGAGCCCGGCAGGGCGGCCCCCCCGCCGGAGCACCCCGAGGUGGCCGCCCCGCCCGCCGAGCCCAGGGCGGAGGAGUCGGUGGAGGACGUGCUCCUCUCCGUCGCCUCGGGCGGGGCGCAGCUGCACCGCACCGCCACCGACUUCUACGCCGAGCUGCAGAACUCCACCGAGCUCGGCUACGGCAACGGCAACGGCAACCAGGUGCACGGCUCCAACCAGAAGGAGUCGGUCUUCAUGAGGCUCAACAACCGCAUCAAGGCCCUGGAGAUGAACAUGUCCCUGAGCAGCCGCUACCUGGAGGAGCUCAGCCAGAGGUACCGGAAGCAGAUGGAGGAGAUGCAGCGGGCCUUCAACAAGACCAUCAUAAAGCUGCAGAACACGUCCCGGAUCGCCGAGGAGCAGGAUCAAAAGCAGACAGAGUCCAUCCAGGUCCUGCAGAGCCAGCUGGAGAACCUCACCCAGCUGGUGUUCAACCUGUCCACCACCGUCAGCCAGCUGCAGAGAGAGGUGUCGGACAGGCAGAGCUUCCUGGUGGUGUCCCUGCUGCUCUGCCUGUGCCUGGGCCUGCUGCUGUGCAUCCAGUGCUGCCGCAGCUCGACUCCGCCCCCGCCCGACUCCGCCGCCUCCAUCCCCAAGAGCAACCACUACCCCAGCCCCAAGAGGUGUUUCUCCUCAUACGACGACAUGAGCCUGAAGCGGAGAGUGUCGUGCCCCCUCGUGCGCUCAAAGUCCUUCCAGCUACCUACCACGGAAGUAGGUCCAGAUGACUUGUACAUUGUAGAACCUCUAAGGUUUUCUCCAGAAAAAAAGAAGAAGCGCUGCAAGAUGAAGGUCGAGCGGGUGGAGACGCUGAAGCCGUCCGCCCCCGCGCCGGCAGUAGCUAACGGGGGCCCCAAGUGCAACGGCGUCCCGCCCCCCCACGCCGCGUUCCUGUCCUCGGGGGAGGCGGGCGCGUCCUCGUCCAAGGACCCCACGUCCGAGGGCAGCUCGGAGGGCUCGUCCCACUCGGACGAGUCCUACUUCUGCGGCAUCUCCACCUGCUCGCGGCUCUGCAACGGGCACCCCCCGCCCAGGACCCGCACGGAGAAGAGGGCCAUCAAGCGCCGGCGCUCCAAAAUGCUGGAGCAGGGCCGGUACGGGGGGGAGGCGCUGCCGGGGCGGGCGGCCUCCAUGCCCACCCUGGAGGACCUCAUGAAGGGAAACAAGGACAUGAGCGUGGGGACCUUCGGGGUGACCGCAGUCACGGGCCACGUUUGACGCUGAGGCGCACCCCCCCCCCCCCCCCCCUCGCCUGUCCCGUAUCCCGGGACUCACUGCUCAUUCACUGUUCCACCCCCCCCACACACACACACACAUGCACAUAUGAACACGCGCACACACUC